AUACCGAUGAUGAAGUUACAACUAGUAAUCAACGAUCACAAUUCAAGAACCGUCGUGCUAUAAGUUUACCUAAUUCUACUAUAGGUGUUUUAGAGAAGAUCAAAGCUACUAUCUACUUAAGUAUGUGUCAAUAUUGGGAUUGUCCAAAAGAGACUACUUUACUUUCAGCAUUGUUAGAUCCUCGAUACAAAAAGCUUAAAUUUGCAACAGAAGCUCAACGUAAUAUGGCAAUUGAUAAACUAAACGAAUUGUAUCGAAUUGAGCAAGCUGCUAUUAUUGAAGAAUCAAAUGAUGAUUUAUAUGUCAGCUCAUCUGGAUCAUUGGUCACAAAUGAACCUUUAAGUACUAGUACUAAUCAAGUUAAUUAUUCUUUGCUCGGAAUAUAUGAAGAUUCAGAUGAUGAAAGUAGUAUUUCUGAUGAAGUUGCUCGAUACUUAGCUUUACCAAAAGUAUCUCCGAAUCGUAAUGUACUAGAAUGGUGGAAAGGUCAUGUUAAUGUUUUGCCAGUUUUGUCUAGAUUGGCAAUGAAGUAUUUAGCAAUUCCUGCUACAUCCGUACCAAGCGAAAGGCUGUUUUCUGAUGCUGGUCUCCAUUUAUCUGCUCGUCGUACCUGCUUAAAACCCGAGUUAUUGGCAUCUAUGCUAUUUCUGAAAAGAAAUAUGAAACUGUUCGAUGUUUUUGAUAAAGAAGAAAACUGA